UGAGUUUGAGUCUGGGGUGCCCCCGCCCUCCUGCUCAAGCGUCUCCCCUGGUCUUUGUUUCCCCGUCGGAAGGGUGGGGGCCGGCAGGUCAUAUCGUGUGAAUGCAGCGGUCGUCUUUUGCUAACUUGGGUUUCAGGGGGUUUUUUUGUUUUUUUUUUACCUGCAACAUGUGAAUCGGGUCUUGGUUUUUCGCUUGUCUGCAGGCAGAGGAGCUGGCAAACAGCGGCAAUUGGGCUGCAUAACAGUGUCCUCUGUCACCAGGGUCCAUCAAAGCCCCCCUUUUUAAGGGCUUGGCAGGACUUGGCACCCCCCCCCUGCUGGUUGGGCCAAUCUUUUGUUGGGAAGAGAAGGCAUUGAGCCAUGCCAUCGGAAAUGACCUUGCAGGACAGGCCGAACGUGGCCACGUCACAGGCUGAGCCGGAUCACAGAUUGGAGAAGAAAUUGGAGGCCUCCCCCAAGGCCCAAAACACCCCUUGUCCUCUUCAGGGAUCAAGCAGUGGAGAACCUGGUGAGACAGGGGUGCAGAGAGUCAAGAACAUGCCUGGCUCCGACGUCCAGCGAGAACACUUCCGGCAGUUUGCCUAUCAGGACGCCAAGGGUCCCCGCGAGCUUUGCAGCCAGCUCCACGAUCUUUGCCACCAGUGGCUGAAGCCAGAGAAGCGUUCAAAGGCUGAGAUGCUAGACCUGGUGAUCCUCGAGCAGUUCCUGGCCGUCCUGCCCCCGGAGAUGAAGAACUGGGUGCGGGAAUGUAAGGCGGAGACCAGCUCCCAGGCGGUGGCCUUGGCCGAAGGCUUCUUGCUAAGCCAGGCGGAGGAGAAAAGGCAGCAGGACCGAGUUGUGACGGAACCCACCAAUCCUCCCAGGGUAGGAAAAAACCCACCCAGGCCUCAUCCAAAGCCCCCCUUAAGGCGGAUCAAGCAAGAAGUGGACAAGGUAGCCAUUACGUUAGGGGGUGAACCACAACUGGCCACUGGAUGUAACCUCCCUUCUGCACAGCUGGAUCAGGUGAUGCUUGAGGAAGUCUCUGUGACUUUCACCGAGGAGGAGUGGGCGCUGCUGGAUCCAGACCAAAGAGCCCUGCACAGGGAUGUGAUGGCAGAGAACAGUGGCAUUGCCUCCUCUUUGGGAAGUGACUGGCCAGAGAGUGAAAAUGGAGAAAUCUGUGAGCUAUUGUUCGGAAAAAUUGGAAGCGAAAAGGAAGACAAGCAGAGGCUAGAAACUGAAGCCGGCAGAGUGAAGGAUGAAUCUCCGAGUUCUUACAACACCGAAUUCUACGAGCUUCCGGUCCGUGAAAAAAUAGAGGACGGGAUCGAAUGGAGCCAGUGCCUUCUGUGCGGCAAAGCCUUUGACUGCCAGUCGAGCCUGAUCACCCACUGGGAGAGCCACACCACCAAGAAGCCCUACAAAUGCCUGGAGUGCGGGAAGAGCUUCAGCACCAGGCAGUACCUGGGCUGCCACCAGCGCGUUCACACCGGGGAGAAGCCCUUCAAGUGCGCCAAGUGCGGAAAGAGCUUCAGCACGAGGCAAUACCUGGCGUGUCACCAGAGGAUCCACACCGGGGAGAAGCCCUUUAAGUGUCUGGAGUGUGGGGAGACCUUCUGCUGGGCCAAUUCCCUGACCUUGCACCAGAUCGUCCACACGGGGGAGAAGCCGUUCAAAUGCCUGGUGUGCGGGAAAAGCUUCAGCAGGAGCACCAGCCUUUCCUCCCAUCAGAGGAUCCACACAGGGGAGAAGCCGUACAAAUGCGUAGAAUGCGGGAAGAGGUUCAUCCACAACACCAGCCUCACUUACCACCGGCAGCACCACACCGGCGUGAAGCCCUACAAGUGUCCGGAGUGCGGCAAGAGGUUUAGUCACCGGACGAGCCUGACUUACCACCAGCGGAGUCACACUGGCGUGAAGCCGCACAGCUGCUCGGAGUGCGGGAAGAAUUUCAGUACCCGCCAAUACCUCAUGUCCCACCAGAGGAUCCACACGGGGGAGAAACCGUACAAGUGCGCCGAGUGCGGGAAGCGCUUCGUCCACAGCACCAGCCUCAGCUACCACCAGCGCCUUCACCGAGGGGAGGAGCCCUUUCAGUGUUUGGACUGUGGGAAAGGCUUCAUUACGCGCCAGUGCCUGACGUCGCAUCGCAGAAUCCACACGGGGGAGGAGCCCUUCAAAUGCCUGGAGUGCGGGAAAACCUUCCGAAGACGCACGAGCCUGAUUUCCCACCAGAGUAUCCACCUGGGGGAGAAGCCGUACAAAUGCCUGGAGUGUGGGAAGAGCUUCACGACGAGCAAGUACAUCCUGUCCCAUCAGAGGAUCCACACCGGAGAGAAACCUUACAAAUGUUUAGAGUGCGGACAGACCUUCUGUUGGGCUAAUUCCCUCACCUUGCACCAGAUCACGCACACGGGAGAGAAACCCUUCAAAUGCGUGGAGUGCGGGAAAAGUUUCAGCCGAGGCACCAGCCUCACCUCGCACCAGAGGAUCCACACCGGCGAGAAGCCGUACAAGUGCUUAGUGUGCGGAAAGAACUUCAGCACGAACAGGUACCUGACCUGCCACCAGCGCAUCCACAUUGUGGAUAAAGCUUAUAAAUGCCUGGUGUGCGGGAAGAGCUUUAGCACCAGCAAAUACCUCAGCUGCCAUCAAAGAAUUCACACCGGAGAGAAGCCAUUUAAAUGCCUGGAAUGUGGAAAGUGCUUCUGUUGGGCCUAUUCCCUUACUUUACAUCAAAGAAUCCAUGCUGGUGAAGAUGGGUUUAAGUGCUAGGAGUAUGAAAAUUACUCUUUUUUUUUUUUUUUUGUGAGGGACGGGCAGAAGGACAAAGAAGCCCUGAUCGUGGAAGGAUUUCAGAAAAAAAACGAUAGAAAUCACUGUGGAAAGAGAUUUGUGUAGAACACGGACUCCUUUUGCAUUAGAUAUUAGAAUACUGUCUGUGCGUGGGGGUUUUUGGGGGGUGUUGGCCCAUUGUGGUUGUCCAAUGUUUCCGACGGCGGCUUCUUUUGCCAGCCCUGCUUUGAGGGACUGGGAACUGGAUUUGAAUCUUCAGCUCACGCCAUCGUCGGACCUUCAUUUGAAUUCUUGGAGUGAGAAGGAAAGAGCGCCGUUCCGCGCAACGAUCUCACUUCUCAAUGAGAACCAGGGACGCGAGAGGAUCUGUAGAAAUGCCUGGAGCUUUGCAGAGGCCUUUCAGUUGGAGAGGAAGAUUCAAGGAUCCCCUAUGGUAGAUUCGCUGGGAAUAGGCUAGGAAUUUAGGAUGCUCAUCCAGAGCGUAUCAAGAGCCCUUGGGAGUGCCUACAAAAUUGAGCUUCUAAAGCUCUAGUGAUCUAAGGGUAGCUCGUUCUAAUCGAAGUUCUCUGAUCGGUUCCUGUAAGACAGGGAUCACCGGCCCUUUCUGAUCCCUGGCCACCAAGUCUCCCUCAGCCUCCUAGCCAGAAUACUCGACUCUCCACAUUUUUGCCCCGAGAGUCAUAAGCGCCACCAAAUCUUCCAGAAACAGGGUUUGAGAAGAAGAUACAGCUUCCAGGAGAAUCAAGCAGAAUCAGUGUGCGGUGUGCUUUCUCCGGCAAAUGCAACAAUAUUCGAGAUUGCUGGAGUGGGGGGAGGGGGAAGAGAAUUUUGUGGGUGCUCCCAAUCCAUUUACUGCAGUGGUUCUCGACCUUUUUAAUGCCGCGACCCCCAACCGGUCGUAAGUUGAGGACUACUCAACCGGUCGUAAGUCGAGGACUACUCAACUGGUGCAGCACCAUUUGCAGAAUGGGACU